AGCGAUCUAAGUGUGUUCAUCCUAUUCUCUUUAUAUAUGUGGCGCCAUUGACAUUUGUUGAAGUCAACGCAAGACCAAAUCCCACAUCAAUUUCAAAUCCCCCAUUGCUAGCAUCUUUCUCACCUUCUGCUACUUCGCCCUCGACCUCAUGUUGGGAAACAGGCGAUACUUCCCCAUAAUUACCCAGAAGCAGCACUUUAAUAGCUGGUGUGUGGCGGAGCAUGUACAUGUGGACAUCCUCGGUCCCCGCCGACAUGGUGUAUAGCAUCAUGACCAUCUUUAGCAUCCGCAUCGACCCAUACCGCAGCACUCGGGCAGCCCAGUUCGUUUUCGAUGACUUGACACGCAAGAUGACGACCCUAACUACUAUUAGCCCCGUCUGGCUGACCCUAGGCGGCGUCACGGGGUGCGUGUUCCCGCGAGAUCCCCAGUCGGGUCUCCUCCCCGAAUUCUCCCACGCGGCUAACACUGCACCCACGACGGUGGUUGGAGGCAAAACGGUAUGGGUUGGUAACCACCUAGAUGACUCGCCGUGGUACGUGAGGCGGUAUGACAUGUAUUUUGUCAGCCACUCUCAGCCACAUAUCAUCAACGUUGCCAUAUUCAAGGUCAAAGUCCUUCGAGACUUGCGACCGAAGAAGAUCCGGAAAGUCGACUGGAGUUUAUUUGGCAAACGCGUAGUCGCUAAAGUCAAGCUGGGUAGGGCAACUGGUAGAUGCAUAUACUAUGGAGACCUUGAGCCCCCAGGGGGACGCGAUGUGUACGCUAUUUAUGUCGGAGAUAUUGGCGACAUGACCACUGGCUCACAAAACAGGCGGAUAGACUUCCCGUCCUCGUACAUGAACAAACACCGAUUUGGCGGGCGUUUAUUAAAAAGAUAA